GAAUUCGACAAUCCUGGGGCAUUGACUUGACCAAAAGUGUUGUAGAGCCCACAAGGACAAACGCUGGCCUUCUUCCUUCUAUACAUGGCAAAACCAGAAAGGUUAUACCUUCAUUUACUUCCCUUUUUCCUUCAUUCUUCUCCUUCGUUGCCGUGUAAUUUCUUUACAGUUUCCUGAAGUCCAAAUUUCACCAUCAAGAAUGCCUCCUUUUAACGUUGUUGAAUUUUACAUAGCAAAGAAACAUUGACAAUAUAACCCCCCAAAGUUUCAUUCUUGACUUCUCAGGUCUCAAAUAUAUGGCAAAACCCAGAGUUACCAUCACCCUGGGAGGCUCAGGCAAGGUGGUGAAGAAGGGAGAUGAUGUCGUGGUUGAUCAUGAAGGAAUGACUGGAAGCAAAAGAUUCAGACAUGACAAACCCUGGAGUGAUGGUGGUGCUAGCAACUUCAUUUCGAGCAACAGAAGGCAUCGAGGAAAUGUUACUGAACGCAGAUCAGGUGGCAGUACAGGACAAGGUUCUCGGAUUGCUGGAAAUGACCUCCGAUUUAAACUGAUACGCAAGCGUGGACUUCAUCACUUUCGGAGUGCUUUUAAUGAGCGUGGAAAGAGGAAUUCAGGAAAGCUGUCAAAAGAUAUUAGGCCGCUGCAAAAUCUUAGCAAGCAUCCAUGUAGUCUAGAACCAAACAGAAUCGAGAAUCUAGGUCAAACUACUCACAAUGGCAUUAAAGAUGGUUUGCAUAAAUUUUCCUUGCAAAAUAUGGAUGGAUCAAGAGGUUUUUCUGACAUGCCACAAAUGGUACCAACUGCCCUUGCAAGUGCUAAUCUGUUUUCGAGCAAUGGAGUUUUUUAUCCUUCUAUGGAGACCGGUCUUGUACCUUUUACAGAAAAAGUGAUACCUGCCAGGCCGGUCACAUAUGUAGCACCAAUGAGCAGCAUAAUGCAGAGAAAGCCACAUGUUGAUGAGGAACCUUUCGCUGUUGCCACCUUGUUGAACUCACUUGGUUUGGGGCAAUAUACCAAUCAUUUUAAGGCUGAAGAAGUGGAUAUGACCGCAUUAAGGCAAAUGGGAGACAGGGACCUCAAAGAGUUGGGUAUACCAAUGGGACCAAGAAAGAAACUUCUCCUUGCUCUUACGCCCCCUUCAAGGCGUCAUCUAUUCCGCAUGCGACUUUAGUUUGCUGUUUAGUUGGUGGAGUUUUUCAUUUGCAAGUUUGAGAAUCUUAGAACGUAACGUAA